AUGAGUAGCACAAAUAGUUCAAAAGUGAGACCUGCAGGAAAUAAUUCAGGAGUCGAUGAUGGGACUUCACCUGGUAAAGACAAUACAGGUAAUCCAGUCAAUAUUGAAAUCAUCUGUCGGCAAAGUGAAGACGUCGCAUGCGGUAACACAACAUCCAUCAUUAGUGAUCAAGAAGUAAAGCUCGAUGAUAAGAAAAGAAACAGCUUUCCUUCAAUCCCUAAGGCUAAUCUUUCACAAGACCAACAAAUUCCUUCAACGAGCAUCAAUCCUGAAUCAGGAACAAAUACGUCUCAACCAAUUAAAAUUAAAGUUAUAAUUCUUUCAAUUUUUGUUUCAAUCAUUGCGAUUCUUAUUAAGUAUGGGUUUUUUCCUUCACUUGAUGCAUGUAAUAUGAAGAAAGCGGAAAAUCGAGAUUUUAACGAAUAUUAUGGUAUUGUUAAUUUUAAAAAUCAUUUUACAAUAACAAGUGCUGAUGAAUGCGAUUCAAGUAUUAUAUUUAAACCAGCAUUACCACAAACCAUAUUAAAACCAGAUCAUUUACCAAGUUCAUUUUUAAUAUUAACAUCAUAUGGAACUGGUAAAACACUAUUAAGAUGUGAAUAUUUCAAAUCAUUACAAUCCAAUAAUUAUUUCAAAGUAUUAAUUUUAAACAAAGAAAUUAGUGAAUAUUUAGAGAGAUUUGUAAAAGAAACAGCAAUGAGUAGAACAGAUUGUGAUAUGAAUAAUUGCAUCAUGAAAUGGUCAAAAAAUGAAUUUGGUCAACUACUUAUCUCUCUACUAGUUACACAAUUUGUUGACACAUUUGAAAAAGAAGAAUGGAAUAUUCCAGAUCUUUCACUUGAUGAAAAAAUUGAAUUAAUAACUAUCAUAUGUUAUUAUUAUAAUCAACAACAUGUGAAGAAAUUAGAAAAAUUUGUUAAUUAUUUUCUGGAGAAAACAAACGAUACAAUGUAUAUUACAAAUAACACAGAAGCACAACUUAAAGAGCACAAUGUUUUCCACUUUAAACCCCUUUUUGCUCACUUCAAAAAUGAUAUAAAAAACCUUAGUGCUGUUAGACCAGUUGAUGACAAACUGCUUCUAUUAUUUGAAGUUGUUGAAGGUGAAGGUUUUGUAGUGAAAGCAUUGGAAAUAACAACGUCUAGUAAUGUAUUUAACGACUUGAGACAUUUUGCACUGUUUAUGAAAAAUCAUGUUAGAAGAACUCCAGUAUCUAUCACCGAUGGUAUUGAUGAAAAUCGAUUCUUUUUUGUGAAGAAUCAAGUCAAUAAAAAAUCAUUAGAAUUAUUUUGUAAUUCUACAUUAGCCCAAGAGAUUAUCGCAAUGGUUAUGGCUCAUAAUUUUUAUUUAUCAAUAUUUUAUCGUAAACUGAAUGGUAUUAAUAUUGAAGAUACUAUUAUUCAAAGGGAUAAAUUUCCGAUACUUACAAUACGGUGGAAUACGAAAUCCUUAUUUAAUUAUGCUGAUUAUGUUCUUCAAGAAAUGAAUAAAAAUGCAUCAUCAUCGCGAUGUAAAUCGUUUUCAGAUUUUAAAACACUUGUAAACUAUGGUAACAAGAAAAAUGCUGAAAUCAUCGAUAGAAUUCCAACACCAAGAGCACUUCAUUUCUUCAUGAGCAAGCUAAUUACAGAAAUGAAUGAUAAUGCCAGUGAUGCUCAAACACCAUUUAUCGCAACGUUGGAUAAUGUUCAUAAUGCCUUUCAGAAUUCAUACGAAUUUUUAAUAAAGGUUACUACAUUAUGA